AUGGCAGAAACACUCGGGCUACACGGCCUUAACUUGGACCUUCCUUUCCCCGCAGCUACCAAGCGAGUAUCUGGGAAUAUCAAUGGAAUCCACACAGAUGUCAUGACCAUCAAGUUCAGUGAUAAAAUCAUGAUUACAAUAUCACAAAAAGGCCGACUUGGCCAUUGGCUCCAUGUUCCACUGGAAAACAAAAACCCAGGCACAGAAGGCCAGCAUAGAAUUCCAGAUCCUGCGAAUGAUGGUCUUCUUCCGUUGAGUAAUUUGACGGCUACGUCGAUUCUUGGGGGUCGUGCUCCGGGACACGAAAUUGUUGGUCAGCUAUAUGCCCGUCAGAUAGCGAGUGCCAUUGUCACCAAGACACCAAACGAGAACCGCUUGCUGGUUGUCGGACUAGGAUUAGAAACAGCCGAAGCCGACCGAGACGUGUUCUUCGCUGUCAUAGACCUUGUCCUUCAGUGCAUCUAA